AUGGAUAUACUUUACGCUCAGAUCCAAGCAGACCUCCGUUCAAAUGACGCUCUCCGCCAAACAGGUGCACUUCUCCAAGCUCUCCAACAAUCCGCCGCUGGUCGCGACAUUUCUAUCCUCGCCAAAUCCGCCGUUGAAGAGAUCGUCGCCUCUCCUGCCUCCGCCGUCUGCAAAAAACUCGCUUUCGACUUAAUCCGUUCCUCUCGCCUCACCGCCGAUCUCUGGGACACAGUCCUUACUGGUAUCCGCAGCGAUCUCCACUUCCCUGACCCCGACGUCACUGCUGCUGCUAUCUCCAUCCUUGCCGCCUUGCCUUCUUAUGCUCUCUCCAAGCUUAUUACGGAUUCCAAUGCGGAAAUAUCAGGUUGUUUUGAUUCGCACAGUGAUAAUUUGAGAUUUUCAAUUACUGAAACCCUCGGGUGUAUUUUAGCACGCGAUGAUUUGGUUACGCUGUGCGAGAAUAAUGUGAAUUUGCUAGAUAAGGUCUCGAAUUGGUGGGUGAGGAUUGGGGGGAACUUGUUGGAUAAAUCUGAUGCGGUUUCGAAAGUUGCUUUUGAAUCAGUUGGGAGGCUGUUUCAAGAGUUUGAUUCGAAGAGGAUGAGUCGGUUAGCGGGGGAUAAGUUAGUUGAUAGUGAGAAUUCGUUAGCAAUCAGGUCGAAUUGGGUGUCUUCGAUGGUGGAUUUUGUGUGGAAGAGAAGGAAUGCGCUGAUGUCGAGAUCAUUGAUUUUACCAGUAGAGACUUUUAGGGCUACGGUUUUUCCACUUGUGUUUUCAGUGAAGGCAGUGGCAUCGGGGAGUGUGGAGGUGAUUAGGAAGCUUUCCAAGGCAGGAGCAGGUGGUGGUGUUAAUGGGAGUAUUGUGGACUCAAAUGCAGAGAGGUUGGUUGGGGUUUCGGAUGUGGUCACGCAUUUGGCACCAUUUUUGGUGUCAUCGUUGGAUCCGGCAUUGAUUUUUGAGGUUGGGAUUAAUAUGUUGUACUUGGCUGAUGUCCCUGGAGGGAAGCCAGAGUGGGCUUCACAGUCUAUUAUUGCAAUUUUGACACUUUGGGAUAGGCAAGAGUUUUCUUCUGCAAGGGAGAGUAUUGUUAGAGCUGUUGUUACGAAUCUGCACCUGCUUGAUCUUCAUAUGCAGGUUUCAUUAUUUAAGAGGCUGCUGCUUAUGGUGAGAAAUUUGAGGGCUGAAUCAGACCGUAUGCAUGCUUUAGCUUGCAUUUGUCGGACAGCACUUUGUGUUGACCUUUUUGCUAAAGAAAGUGUUAGAAGAGGUCAGAAGCCUCUUGCAGGAACUGAUAUUGCCUCUCUCUUUGAGGACGCAAGGAUAAGAGAUGACCUUAAUAGUGUGAAAAGUAAGAGCUUAUUUAGGGAGGAGUUGGUGGCCUCGCUAGUGGAAAGUUGCUUUCAGUUGUCCCUACCUUUGCCUGAACAAAAGAGCUCAGGAAUGGAGAGCAGAGUUAUUGGAGCUUUGGCUUAUGGAACUGGUUAUGGUGCGUUAAACUGGACAGAGCCAGCUUUGGAAGUGGUGGAAGUGUGCAGGCCUUGUGUCAAAUGGGAUUGUGAUGGUAGGACGUAUGCAGUCGAUUGCUAUUUAAAGUUGCUUGUUAGGUUGUGCCAUAUCUAUGAUACCCGGGGAGGAGUGAAAACUGUUAAAGAUGGUGCUUCUCAAGAUCAAAUUUUGAAUGAGACAAGGUUGCAAAAUUUGCAACGUGAACUUGUGAAAGAUCUACGAGAGGUAAACACCCCAAGAAUAUGUGCCCGUCUUAUUUGGGCUAUCGCAGAACACAUAAAUCUAGAAGGUUUGGAUCCACUACUAGCUGAUGAUCCAGAGGAUCCACUGAACAUUAUUAUAUCAAAUAUCCACAAGGUUCUAUUUAAUGUUGAUUCAUCAGCAAAUACAUCAAACAGGCUUGAAGAUGUUCAGGCAGUUCUUUUAAGUGUUCAGAGGUUGGGAUCACGAAACCCUAGGGGCAGCCAGUUACUGUCCAAAGAACUUGAAGAGUUUAGAAACAAUGGUUUGGCUGAUUCAGUCAACAAGCACCAGUGCCGUUUGAUAUUGCAGAGAAUUAAAUACGUUCAAAAUCAUCCAGAUAACAGGUGGGCUGGCGUUAGCGAAGCCAGAGGAGACUACCCAUUUAGCCACCACAAACUUACGGUUCAGUUUUAUGAAGCAGCUGCUGCUCAAGACAGAAAAUUGGAAGGGUUAGUUCACAGGGCUAUUUUAGAGCUUUGGAGACCAGAUCCAAGUGAAUUAACCAUUUUGUUGACAAAAGGAAUUGACUCUCCACUACUUAAGCUUCAGCCUACUGCAAAUACUUUGACUGGUAGCAGUGAUCCUUGCUAUGUCGAAGCUUACCAUUUGGCAGACUCAGGGGCAUUUCGCCCAUCUAUGUCAGUAUUAGGUUUUGUUAAAGGUGUUAAAGUUAUGUUUAGAUCACUUGUGCUAAUUGUUUUAAAUUUGACUGAACUUGAACUGAACAGGGUGGAUAUUCGAGUUGGGUUAUCUGGUGGAUUAUAUUUUAUGGAUGGAUCUACUCAAGCUGUGCGACAGCUGCGGAAUCUUGUUUCACAGGAUCCAGUACUCUGCAGUGUUACAUUGGGUGUGUCCCAUUUUGAGAGAUGCGCUCUCUGGGUUCAAGUCUUGUACUACCCGUUCUAUGGAAGUGGUGCAGUAGGAGAUUAUGAUGGUGAUUAUGCUGAAGAGGAUCAACAGAUCAUGAAACUGAAAAGAAGCUCGAGACCAGAACUAGGAGAACCUGUGAUUUUGAGGUGCCAGCCUUACAAAAUUCCGCUGACUGAACUUCUUUUGCCACAUAAAAUUUCUCCUGUUGAGUUCUUCCGGUUAUGGCCCAGUUUACCAGCCAUAGUAGAGUAUACUGGUACAUACAUUUAUGAAGGAAGUGGCUUCAAGGCUACUGCUGCACAGCAAUAUGGAUCUUCUCCUUUCCUCAGUGGACUAAAAUCCUUGUCAUCCAAGCCUUUCCACAGAGUUUGCUCGCACAUCAUCCGGACAGUGGCAGGGUUUCAGAUUUGCUAUGCUGCCAAAACUUGGUAUGGAGGCUUCUUGGGCAUGAUGAUAUUUGGGGCCAGUGAAGUGAGCAGAAAUGUUGAUCUGGGUGACGAAACAACAACAAUGAUCUGCAAAUUUGUUGUUCGAGCAUCUGAUGCGUCAAUCACAAAGGAGAUUGAAGCAGACUUGCAGGGCUGGUUGGAUGACCUUACUGAUGGAGGUGUGGAGUACAUGCCAGAAGAUGAAGUGAAAGAGGCUGCUGCCGAAAGGCUAAGGAUUUCAAUGGAAAGAAUAGCCUUGUUCAAGGCAGCCCAACCACCACCCAAAACUCCAAAAUCUGACGAUGAAGAAGAGAUAGAGGAGGAUGAUGAGAAAAACAAGGAAAAUGAGAGUGAUGGCGAUAAGAAAGAGGGCAAGGAAAAUGGUAAAAAACCAAAAGGAACCCUGUCGAAGUUAACCGCGGAGGAGGUUGAGCACAUGGCUCUUCAAACAGCUGUGCUCCAAGAGUGGCACGUCCUGUGUAAAGAAAGAAGCACGACUGUAAACUAA